AUGUCAGGACAAGCUGGAGAACAGCCGCUAUGGUCUAGGGGGAUGACGAUCGCCUCACACAAAACACAAAGCCCCCAAAGCAUGAAGUUGUCGGGUGAUGAUUACCUCGGCCGUGUGGUCACGCCCGCGGCCGAGCCCUCCUUCCUCACCGGCCCAACCUCUUUCCACCCCCCGACGACAAACACGCGUGAAAGGCAGAGCAAGACUUUGAAACCCGCAAGACCAGCCAAGGCAAAACAAGGCCACGUCAGCGGUACCCAGCCCAGCCCAGCCCAGCCGUCCGGGCUAUCACAUGGAUGGGGCCUGGCUGAUUUCCCCGCACGAACGCGUGAGGCUGUGCAGGGGGUUGCGUAA